AUGAUCCUCGCCACCAUAAUCGCCAACUGUAUCGUCUUGGCUCUGGAACAGCAUCUUCCUGGAGAAGACAAAACACCUAUGUCCAAGAGAUUGGAGAAGACAGAGCCCUACUUCAUCGGGAUGUUCUGUUUUGAGGCUGGGAUAAAGAUCAUCGCCCUGGGCUUUGUAUUUCAUAAAGGGUCCUACCUCAGGAACGGAUGGAACGUCAUGGACUUCAUUGUUGUCCUCAGUGGGAUCCUGGCUGCAGCAGGGGCACAUAUGAACAUCUCAGUGGACCUGAGGACUCUGAGGGCGGUGCGAGUGCUUCGACCCCUCAAACUGGUCUCAGGCAUUCCCAGUCUGCAGAUAGUCCUGAAGUCUAUAAUGAAGGCCAUGGUCCCUCUGCUGCAGAUCGGCCUGCUCCUGUUCUUUGCAAUCCUCAUGUUCGCCAUCAUUGGCCUGGAGUUUUACAGCGGCAAACUGCACUUCACCUGCAAACCACAGCCUGGGAUACUCGAAAACGAGACGGUGGACUCCUCUGAGUUUGAGUUCCCGUGUGGCGUGCGUCAGUGUCCAGCCAAAUACACUUGCAAUGAUACCUGGAUUGGGCCAAAUGAAGGCAUCACCCAGUUCGACAACAUCCUGUUUGCUGUUCUCACUGUCUUCCAGUGCAUCACCAUGGAGGGAUGGACCACUGUACUCUACAAUACCGACGAUGCCUUGGGCCCCAGCUGGAACUGGCUCUACUUCAUCCCUCUCAUCAUCAUCGGCUCUUUUUUUGUCCUGAACCUGGUGCUGGGAGUCCUCUCUGGGGAAUUUGCCAAGGAGAGAGAGAGAGUGGAAAACCGCAGGGCCUUCAUGAAACUGAGACGUCAACAGCAAAUUGAGAGAGAGCUCAACGGCUAUCGGGCCUGGAUCGACAGAGCAGAAGAGGUGAUGCUUGCUGAGGAGAAUAAGAAUGCAGGACCUUCUGCCCUUGAUGCUCUCAGGAGGCUGCCAGAGUGGAGUACAGGUGGUGCCUAUGUGUUGAAGAGAGCCACCACCAUCAAGAGGAGAGGCAUGGAUGUGGUGUGUCGAGGGCAACCAGGGGAGGAACAAUAUGGUGACAUCUCCUCUGUGGGCAUCCCAAUGGCAAGAGCAAGUAUCAGGAGUGCCAAGCGGGGUCCUACAGCCUAUUUUCGCCGGAAGGAGCGUCUCCUCCGCAUCUCCAUCCGCCGCGUGGUGAAGACACACACUUUCUACUGGACAGUGCUCGGCCUAGUCGCCCUCAACACGCUGUGUGUGGCCAUUGUUCACCACAACCAGCCCCUCUGGCUGUCCAACUUCCUCUACUAUGCAGAGUUCCUGUUCCUCGCUCUGUUCCUGACUGAGAUGUUCCUGAAGAUGUACAGCUUGGGACCACGCCUCUACUUCCACUCCUCCUUUAACUGCUUUGACUGCAGUGUAAUUGUUGGCAGCAUAUUUGAAGUGCUGUGGGGUUUCUUCAGGCCUGGGACUUCCUUUGGCAUCAGUGUCCUGCGUGCUCUCCGUCUGCUGAGGAUCUUCAAGAUCACCAAGUAUUGGGCGUCUCUGAGAAACCUGGUCGUCUCCCUGAUGAACUCCAUGAAGUCCAUCAUCUCCCUCAUUUUCCUUCUCUUCCUCUUCAUCGUUGUCUUUGCACUGCUUGGCAUGCAGCUCUUCGGUGGCAGGUUCAUCUUUAAAGACUACACCCCGACAAACUUUGACACCUUUCCUGCAGCCAUUAUGACCGUCUUUCAGAUCCUGACUGGAGAGGACUGGAAUGAAGUUAUGUACAACGGUAUUCGCUCUCAAGGUGGAGUGAAGUCUGGCAUGUGGUCCUCCAUCUACUUUAUAGUGCUCACAUUGUUUGGAAAUUACACUCUGCUGAAUGUCUUCUUGGCCAUUGCUGUGGAUAAUCUUGCCAAUGCACAAGAACUUACUAAGGAUGAAGAGGAAGCAGAGGCGGCGUUCAACCAGAAGCACGCUCUCCAAAAGGCGAAGGAGGUCGGACCAUUGUCCUCCUUCAUGUCUUCAGAGGGAAGCCGUAGGAGGCGGCCCUACCUGUACAGGAAAAGAGCCAUCCACCGCAGCCGGCCUACCUACUCCUGCUCCCUGGAGGAGGCGCAGGGCAGCGUCAGGGAGGGCCGCCCACCCCCACCACUCAACCCCUCUAACUCUUUCAUGUCCAGGGGAGAGAGAAGAAAAAGGAUGACCAUGUCAGUGUGGGAGCAGAGGACCAGCCAGCUGCGGAGACACCGCCAGAUGUCCAGCCGAGAGAUCCUGUUCAACAGCCCCAACGAGGAGAAGGACGGGCCUCCUGCUUCAGCCCAGGCCCAGCAUGGACGUCCAGUGUCGCUGCACCGCAAGGCCAUGCAGAACACGCCAUCCGGGAGUUUGAAGCACCUGACAGACCCAUUAGCCUCCCCCGCCAAGAACCAGGCUUCAGGUUCUGUGGAUAUGCCGCUGGGCGCCGCCCUCUCUGGUGACAUACCUGAACCCCCGAUGCCAGAGUCACUGGAUCCCACAAACGUGCCUCUUCCUGAUGCUUCUGUGUCUAUGACCAUGCCAGAGCCUCCCGAAUCAGAGCCUGUCUCUGAGAGUAGAAAACUGGGUGUUAAUCAAAGUCACAACACUGCCAGCGAGCGUCGGAGCCCUAGAUUGAAUGGCGAUCGCCAACAUAGGGCAGUGAAGAAGUUCAGACCACCAGAUAUCAUUGACACGCUGACUCCUGAGAUGGGAGGUCUUGGCGGGAUCAGGGACAGGAGGGCGUUGCAUCAAUAUGACCAUCAAAGCGGGGCCAGGAGUCAGGGGUCAUCUCCCGGGAACGGAAGCCACUUGGCAAGUCGCUCGGUCAGCAGAGAAAGGAAGAGAAACCCAGGGAAAGUAGAGGAGAAGGAAGUGGAGACCAAAAAGGAGGAGGAGGUGUCCAGAGCUGUGGAGAGCAGACAGGGCGACCAGAAGGAAGGAGGGGACACAAACCCACCAGACAACCAGAGCCAAACUGGUGACCAGUGUCCUCAGAAGCAGGAAGAGCUUCUUCAGCAAUCAGACACUUCCCCACUUGCCAUCCCAGAGGACGACAAAGAAGAGAAAGAGACAGAGCAGGACCAGGACAAAUCUCAACUCAGCUCCAGUGUGAUCAUCGAGGUGCCCAAUGUUCAGUCAUGUCUGGAGCUCUCUACGAUCACAGUCAACAGUAAGGACCCAGAAACCUGUAAAUCAGAGAAGGAGGAGGCAGAGGAGACAAAUUCUGUCAACACUGUGACUCCAAACAGCAUGUUCAUCUUCAAACCUGAUAACCCGGUGCGUCGAGCGUGUCACUAUGUGGUGAACCUCAGGUACUUUGAAAUGUCCAUUCUGCUGGUUAUAGCUGCUAGUAGUAUAGCACUAGCUGCUGAGGACCCUGUGGCUACCUCCUCUGACUGGAAUAAGGUUCUGCGUUAUUUUGAUUAUGUGUUCACUGGAGUCUUCACGUUUGAAAUGAUUAUAAAGAUGAUUGACCAGGGUCUGAUCCUCCAUGAUGGCUCCUACUUCAGAGACCUGUGGAACAUCCUAGACUUCAUCGUUGUGGUGGGAGCACUGGUGGCCUUCGCCCUCACCAAUGUGAUGGGAAAUAACAAAGGACGAGACAUUAAAACCAUCAAAUCUCUGAGAGUGUUGCGUGUCCUGAGACCACUGAAGACCAUCAAGAGACUUCCUAAACUCAAGGCGGUCUUUGACUGUGUGGUGACGUCUCUGAAGAACGUCUUCAACAUCCUGAUUGUCUACAAACUUUUUAUGUUCAUCUUUGCCGUCAUUGCUGUGCAGCUCUUUAAGGGGAAGUUUUUCUACUGUACUGACAGUUCAAAGGACACAGAGAAGGACUGCCAGGGUUACUACAUUGACUACGGGAAAGACAAGAAAGAGGUGAAGAGAAGAGACUGGAAGAGACAUGAGUUUCACUACGACAACGUCAUCUGGGCUCUGCUCACCCUGUUCACUGUUUCCACUGGAGAGGGAUGGCCUCAGGUCCUGCAGCACUCGGUAGAUGUGACCGAGGAGGACAGAGGGCCAAGCCACGGCAACAGGAUGGAGAUGUCCAUCUUUUACGUAAUCUACUUUGUCGUCUUUCCUUUCUUCUUCGUCAACAUCUUUGUGGCACUCAUCAUCAUCACCUUCCAGGAACAGGGGGAUAAGAUGAUGGAGGAGUGCAGCCUGGAGAAGAAUGAGAGGGCGUGCAUAGACUUUGCCAUCAGCGCCAAGCCCCUGACCCGUUAUAUGCCGCAGAACCGUCACACGUUCCAGUACCGCCUGUGGCAUUUUGUGGUGUCACCCUCGUUCGAGUACACCGUACUGGCCAUGAUUGCUCUAAACACCAUUGUACUAAUGAUGAAGUAUUACUCUGCCCCGCCGACGUAUGAGGCUGUACUGAAGCACCUGAACACGGCUUUCACUGUUCUCUUCUCUGUUGAGUGUGUCCUCAAGAUCAUGGCCUUUGGUUUUCUGAACUACUUUCGAGACACAUGGAACAUUUUUGACUUCAUCACUGUCUUGGGCAGCAUCACUGAGAUCGUGGUAGACCUGCAGUUUGUUGAUACAUUCAACAUGAGUUUCCUGAAACUGUUCCGAGCUGCUCGUCUGAUCAAACUGUUGAGACAAGGUUACACCAUCCGGAUUCUUCUGUGGACCUUCGUGCAGUCCUUCAAGGCCCUGCCUUACGUCUGCCUGCUCAUCGCCAUGCUAUUCUUCAUCUACGCCAUCAUUGGCAUGCAGGUGUUUGGGAACAUAAAGCUGAACGAGGAGACUCACAUUCACCAGCACAACAACUUCAAGACCUUCUCUGGUGCUCUGAUGCUGCUAUUCAGGAGUGCCACGGGGGAGUCAUGGCAGGAGAUCAUGUUGUCAUGUCUGGGGGGGCAGCAGUGUGAGACCGAUCCUUCUCUUAAGUCUGACCCGGAGGGGGGCUGUGGCUCCGACUUUGCCUAUUUCUACUUUGUCUCCUUCAUCUUCUUCAGUUCCUUCCUGAUGCUGAACCUGUUUGUGGCUGUGAUCAUGGAUAACUUUGAGUAUCUGACGAGAGACUCAUCCAUCCUGGGUCCUCACCACCUGGAUGAGUUUGUCCGGAUCUGGGGGGAGUAUGAUCGUGCCGCCUGUGGUCGUAUCCAUUAUACAGACAUGUAUGAGAUGUUGACCAACAUGUCGCCACCUCUAGGCCUGGGCAAGAAAUGCCCCUCCAAGGUGGCAUAUAAGAGACUAGUCUUGAUGAACAUGCCUGUGGACGAUGACAUGUCUGUCCACUUCACCUCCACCCUCAUGGCUCUCAUCCGCACUGCUCUGGAAAUCAAGAUAGCCAGAGGGGAAGAGGAUAGAAAUCAGAUGGAUCUGGACCUGCAGAAGGAGAUCAGUAUCAUCUGGCCUCAUCUCUCUCAGAAGACACUGGACCUGCUGGUUCCUAUUCACAAAGCCAGUGACAUGACCAUAGGGAAGAUCUAUGCUGCCAUGAUGAUCAUGGACUACUACAAGCAGAGCAAAGCUAAGAAGCUCAGACAGCAACUAGAGGAACAGAAACAUGCUCCUAUGUUCCAGCGAAUGGACGCCUCCUCUCUGCCUCAAGAAAUCCUAUGCAAUGCCAAAUCUCUGUCAUUCCUCAGACAUAGCGCCGGAUCUGCUCUCACCAGAGGAGGUUUUGUGGCGCUCAGCCCCAUCUCUCCCCAAGAGAUGUUCCUGCAGCCGCUGUCUUGCUCCAGAGAAGAGAAGGAGGAGGAGGGUGACGACGACUACCGUUCACCCUACCACCCCUACCACCACCCACAUCAUCACCACCACCACCAUUUACACACACUGGUGCAAGACGUAGUGGAGUAUAACCAAGUGAUGCAGCAGGCCAGGCAGGACCCAACAGUUAUUAAAUCACCUCAGCGGACAGCAUCUAUCAGAGCGUCCUCCAUGCCCAGACUGGCUGUUGACCCACAGCCUGGGAUGUCAGCAGACAGUAAGCUGAUGAAACGCUCCUUCUCCACCAUCGGAGAUCAGUGUGUGAACGGCCUCUGGCAGGAACAACACUCUCUGGAGAGAGUCAGUCCUGACGGCACAUACAGACCCCGACAGAGGAGCUACAGAGGCCCAAGAAUCAACCACAGAGAAACAAGUAGCCAUGAGAGAGGGAGAUCUAAGGAACGACGCCACCUCUUGUCUCCUGACGUGUCCCGCUGCAACUCUGAGGAGCGAAGCCGGGACCCUUCCUGUGAGAGGAGAAGGUCCCGCUCACCUAGCGAGGGACGCACACAAACCUUACAGAGACAGGUGAACGCAUCAGGCAGCCCCGCCCACUCAGCCUCAGAAUCCAGUACUCCUCGUAAUCGACGCCAGCUGCCCCAGACACCCUCUCGCCCUCGGCCUUACAUCUCCUACUCCCCUCUGGUUUGCGGAGCCCACACCUCUCCCACACCAGCAACCUCCUCUGAGGGACAGACCCAGCCUCAGGAUGGCCCUGGUGGCUCCACAGAGUCAUCACGGAGGAUUGACAAGGAGGGCGGGCCCCUAACUGCAGGCCAGGGGUCAUCCGGAUGUCAGGUUGCAGGACCGAGCCACCCAUCUCCUCACCGCUACAUCUCAGAGCCCUACCUCCCAUUCCACGAGGACCUUGCCGGAGGGGAGGCAGGUGGGAAGCAGGAGACCCUUACCUUUGAGACUGCCGUGGCAACCAGCCUGGGACGGGCCAACGCCAUAAGCUCCGCCCCUCAGCUCAGACACUCCUGGCAGGUUCCUAACGGGCAUUUCCGGAAGCACUUGGGCCAGACGAGUCCAGCUGGAGCCAGCGAGCUGUUAAGUGACACAGACGAGGACGACCGCUGCUAAAACACCAGAGAGGAAGAAAAGAGGAAGAGGAUGCACAGAAAGACUGGGCACCUCAGAGCAGCUCCACAUGGCAUCACAAGGCUGUAGCUCUGUGGCUCUGAGACCUUGUAUUCUCAGCACCAGUAGCAUAACAUGCGGGACUGAAUGCCACUGUUAUUUAUCUGGAUACUUGGGUGUCUGUCUACGACGUGUCCUUGCU